UUCCUCUAUUGACAGGAGCUCACCAAAUUGAUUAUCCAUUUUGCCUCCGAUUGUGCUUGGACAACAUUAACCAUGGUGAGUUAAAGGAUGUGAACAAGUUUAAAUUUUUGAUACUCAAAUCAGAUCCUUGAAUCAUGCGAUGUUAAUUCAAUUUUAACCUUAAGGUACUUGCAAAUGAAAAGAUAAUACGAUGAAGUAAUAGCAACUAUUUAUGUUAUGGAUGCCAGAAAGUUACUCUGCCAUUUUGAAAAGAUUUCAGAAGUGCAGGCAACACUAACAGUCACAGAAAAAGGAAAUUUCUUGAAAUGGAUGAUUAUAGUAACUUAGAUUUGAUUCACUGAAAAGUAAUGUCAAUUAGACAGGACAGCUUUACCCGCAUGAGAAUCUGCUAUCAUCGAUAAGUCUUGCAUUGGAACUAAAUGUUAGCUUUCUAAGUUCUAUCCUAUACUCAAAUUUGUUUUUGGACUUGUUCAUUUAUGGUGGUUCUUUUAACAACUUUGUUGGCUCUAAAAUAGUUCUUUUAUAUAAGUAUUUAGUUUCUUUAAUUAGUUACUCACCUUUUCAAUGAGAAUGAAAGACUGGGCUUUCUCCUCAAUAAUUAAUUUUCAUGCCAGUGCAUAUGCUGAGGAGUUUAUGCGGUAGUUGCCACUAUUUGAUCAACAGUUGGCUAAGCAGAGGCAAGAGACUGAAGAUGUUGGGGAAGUGAAUGUCACAGAUGCUUACUAUUGUGAUGGCCAUCUUAUGCAAAAGAACCUACUGUCAUAUACUCUCCAUCAGAAACUGAUGUUCACCAUUUCUCUUUCAAAAUAGUUUUCAUUUUGGAAAAACCAGAAGUCUUUACACAUUAUGUAACUUCAAAAGCUUUAUGUGGGGCGACUCAGUUUUACACUUCUGCAACCAAAAUUUUUCUUGGCGGAAGGUAAAGAUCAUGUUCUAACUUUAGCAAUACAUUUCCACAGGGGCCAUUUUCAUAUCUGUACCAAGUUAAACAUGGAGGUUCAGUCUAGGAUAUUGGGAUACAUUUUAUAAAAUCAACAACGGUAGGAAAGAAAAGCAUUAAAUAUGUGUACUUUUCUCGGUAAAAGUUGAAUUAGCUGUUUCAGUUAGAAUUUUAAUAGCAGAAGUACCAUAUAAGUCAUAGCAUGUAGAGCUGUGUGCUUCAUCAUUGACUACUGGUUUGAUCCAGUCUUUGAGUGAGAAAGGGAAAGAAGUCUGUCCGGAAUUUGUCUGCAGAUUUUUAAGUUGCUAAUUUCUCAAGUAUGUAACAUAGGAUUAGGUCACACGAAUCAUCGUUGUCUGAUUCAAUCUAGUUCAGCAGCAGCUCUUGCAUGAUAGGAUAUUUUCUUUGUCACAAGAUUGAGUAGCUCCAAGCUUUUAUUGUAUGUUUUCUCUUGUGUUUCUGCAAUUUUUAUCUGAUAAAAUCGAUGUAUAUGAAGGUCUUGAGAUACGUUGUCGUGGAUGUUGUCAACAGAAAAGGGACUCAUCGAGCUGCAAAGAUACAAUGUAUCACAUAUAUAAGGAUUUCACUGAGUUAUCAUUGAUAGAUGAAGAUGCCUUUGAAUUUCUUCUCAUUAUGUCCACAGAAAAGGCAAAGGGGAGGUCGGGAAAAGAUGAAACAAUUGAAGAUGCAGCACAGUGUGAGACAGUGGAGGAAGCUGGAGUACAAGUUUUACUCUGGUUUUGGAUUACUUUUGCAGUGCAAACUGGGAGAGGAAGAUGGUACGUUGAGAACAAAACCGGUGACAUUGCCUGUGAAGGGCACAUGUUUCCUUUGUUAGUAACAGAACAACUAGACUCUUGGCCAAAGAAAGAGAUUUGCGAAAGAACAUGGUGUAAAUUGGGAAGAUGGUACUUUGAGAACAAAGCCGGUGACACUGCCUAUGAAGGGCACAUGUUUCCUCUGUUUGUAACAGAACAACUAGACUAUUGGCCUGAGAACGAGAUUCGCGAAAGAACUUGGAUGAAUGUGCGCGAAGCAAGAAAAUUUUGUCUAAAUGGGGCCGCAGAAUUAUCAAUGAAGAUGCCUUUGAAGUUUAUUAACUAUACCUGUUCCCAAAGUUCUGACAGGGAGGUCGGGAAAAAGAUGAAACAAUCAAAGAUGCAGCACAAUGUGAGACAGUGGAGGAAGCUGGAGUACGAGGGGAUGUUAAGCAAACUGGGAAGAUGGUACUUUGAGAACAGAACCGGUAACACUGCCUAUGAAGGGCACAUGUUUCCUCUGUUUGUAACAGAACAACUAGACUCUUGGCCUGAGAAAGAGAUUCACGAAAGAACUUGGGUACGAUGAAUGUGCGAGAAGCGAGAAAACUUUGCCAAAAACGGGUGGAUGAAGGAGGACUUUGAGAAAUUAGUAAGUCACCUCACAUCACAAAGUAAACGAACCAAAGGGGAACUAUUUUCAGGAAUCAUGUGUAGCUCCAAUGCUCGAGCUGAAGUACUUUCUCCCCACUACCAAGUUCUACUAAAGAAGCAUAGUCUCCAUUGAUAUCUACUGUCAAAUGUUACAUGGUGGAAGCAGUGAAUAGGAGUUAAAGACGUACUAGAGGUCGUUAUAGGAGCAUGUUGUCUGUUGUUAUCUCAGAUUUUGAGUUUGUGUGACAUAAUAGAGAUUUAGAACCGGAGCUGGCAAAUGACAUGUGCAUACUGGCAAGUAGAAUUAUUUUUUUAUAAUAUAUAUUAAAUGUUGAA